GUCUGGUAGUAGAUAAAAUUUGUAAAUCAUAAAAUGGCAGCCUUCGAAAAUGUCAACGCGUUAAAUUUAAUCUAAUGGCUUGUUCUAGAGCAAAAUAAGUAUUUUAAAUUUGUACAUACUUGAUUUAUUUUAUGAAUUUAAGUGCUUAUCGAAUUAUAUUUGUAUAUAACUUUUAACUUAAACAUAUUUGCUACGAACAAGGUUGCAGUUUUUGGAAAUGCUUUUUAUUUAAAGCGGAUAGAAGAAGCUGCUCUAGACAUAGAGACUUUAAUUCCAGCAGUGUGGUGCUUACAAUUUCAAAUAAAACUAGUUUCACUUAUAUCAAAGCCAAUGAAGAGAAGCAGCUUCACGACUGUUGAGCCCGCUUAUAAAACAGCGAAAAUUGGUGGCAAACAUAUCUCAUUGCAAACGAUUACUAGUUCCGGGACCCCUGUUACAACAUUUGAUGGAAAGUUGUAUAGCAUUCAUCAAAACUCAAGUAAUACUGUGGGUGGUGGUAGUUCAGUAACAGUAAACAAUAAAAAACAUCAAAUUAUUCGCACAGCAGACGGCAACAGUAUUAUCACCACUGGAAAUGCAAAUAAUUCAUUCAAAUUUGCAUCAUCUUCUGAAAAUAAACAAUUCGCCCUCCCGUUCAUUCAGUCUAAUGGUGUUUUGAACUCAUGUUCCUCCGGUGUGACCGUGAGAAGACCUACCAUCUACAUAAAGCGAGAAGCCCCCAAAAAAACUAUACGAACUGUUACAACGGAGCUCAUUGAAAAAAAUCCUCACGUUCACUUAGGUGUGUCCGCAGAAAGGCUCGGAAUUUUGAAAAAUGUCGUCUGCACCACUGCAAAUGUACCAGUCAUCGAUCUUUACCUAACUCUUAAGAAAGUGCGACAAAAUGAAGAUUUCUCUCUUCUUGCUGAAUACUUUGAAUUUUCUGAAAGUGAAGUGCAACACAUAUUUACCAGGACAAUUGUAAAACUGGCACGAUACUUGAAAUUUCUUAUCAGAUGGCCAGAAAGUAAAAAGUACUAUGACCGCCAUAAAAAUCUCCCAAUUGCAUUUCGAUCAAAAUUGUCUUACGUUCAAUCACUAAUUGAAUGCGUCGAUACCGAAAUACAGGCUCCAACAAUGUACCCAAGUGUUGAACAGCUAGACUGUUCUAAUUACAAAUUUAUUUUAACAAUAACACCCACAGGAGUCAUAAGUUACGUAUCCGACGCAUACGUAGGUCAUAACGACGAUCUUACGAUAUUUAAUGCGUGUGAUUUUCAAAACGUAAUACCGAAAUAUCUCUCCUUGGUAGCGGAUCCAGGGAAAGCAAUUCGUCGAAGAAGCAAAAAAGUUAAAGGAGGCGUUUGUGAAACUUCUUUAUCUGAAGAAGCGAGCAAGGACAUGCAAAAAGGUAGAAGUACAACCAUAAAUGCGCUCACAAUCAAUAUUCAAGAUUCAGACAGCACAACCGAUUCAGCAGAUGAAAGCGACGAUGGCGAUGAUCAGAACGCUUUAAAUGGUACUGUUAGUGGUGGUAUCAAUGGCGGCGCCGGGUGCUUGUCAAGAAAUAACCAACAUUCUUCAUCAAAUUCACAUCAGACAUUAAAAAUUGUAAAUAGCGAACUAAUAUCACGCAAAGUAAAGGAUUUCAGAAUACCAACUGUAAGAGUGAGGGAGUCAGUUUGUCGUCUACAAAUACGCCACAUGUUGUAUUGUUUAAGAGAAUUCAGAGUUUUACAACCUUAUGCCAUCUUAGAGCCUUUGUUGUAUCAGUAUAUUAAUGAAGUUCUGGUAGUAGUAUCGGCUUUAACAAAUUUACAGAGGUAAUAUUUUUUAUUUAUCUAUUCAAUUCAUUUUUUCCAACAAUUUUUAUAAAAAAAAAAAAUUGUUUUCGGGAACGAAUAAUUGUUGAUAAAUAUUUCGUUUAAUUUUUUAAAUUUUAUCUUAUCAAUGAUUUCUUAAGGAUUUAGAAGUUUACAAUUUUCAGAAAAUUGAAUUUAAACACUUUCAGAAUGAGUGAAAUAUAAUUAAAUUUAUAAUAGCA